AUGCCUAUAUCUACUGUUCCAUCAGCGAUCUUUUCCCAAAUGAUAGCUACUAGCAAUGUGCCUCCUCCUCCCCUUCGCAGCAUACCACCUUUGAAAUUGUCUGGCCAAAUUAAUUACGGUCAGCUGGAUACAUUAUACCACAUUAGAAGUAUCCAUCACAGCUGGAGUUCUUGCACUGCCGUAUCAGCUCACAAUACAUUUAUAAAGCAGUAUCCUAAAAUAUUCCUGCACAAAAAGACCAGAUUGCCUAAAAUUUUGAAAGAAGUGCCAAAAAGAAAACAUAGUGGUAUGGAUGGAAGUCAGUACCACCCUGAUGAUUCGCACAACAUAGCUGUUCAUGUGAGAAAAGCGCAUGGUGGCUACACUUUGUACGGACAAAUAGGAUCUGCAGAAACUUUUGAAGAAUUUCUACAUAUCUUAAAGAAACUGCCUGUUAAUAGAACAACAUACGAGCAUAACAUUGUGUGGAAGAUGCUGAAGACAAUUCCAGACUUGGCCUCCCGGCUAAACAACGAACAUCUGAAAAUACUUAGCAAGAAUAUGAUUUCUGAAUGCUGGGUCAAAGGCAGCAUAGUGGUUGGAAAUGAUGGACUUUAUGUGAUUUUGAAAGGCUUAGCUCGACCUUAUACAACGUCCUUUGAAAAUCUGAUUGAAGAAAAUGACUUAAGUGGCUCCCUCAUAACUCAGAUCAGUGCUGCUUAUGAUCAAGGCCUAAAAACAUCUCCAACUGUGAAGAACGUCCUACCUCCAGGUGACAUAAUGCUGAGACAGUGGAGUACCUUUGGAUCCCUGGAAGUGACACCUGAUCCCGAAUUAGAAACACAGCCACUCUCAGUGGUGGCAGAAGAAGACUGUGAAAUUCUUAAAAUCCCAGCAAAGGACUAUGAAAAUUUAAAAUUGGAGAAAGCAAAACUUGAUGAUAUACGCAAGAUGAAAUUAAUCCAAAAGUGUCCCUAUUAUGAGGAGUGGCCUACUUUAUCCAUACGUGAGCUGACUGCAAUUGUUAAAUGGAAAAAAUUCCCUGCAGGUCAUGUGAUAGUGGAAAGUGGAGAUGUCAUUUCUUUUGUGGCUUUUAUUAAUUAUGGAUAUUGUAAAAUUUAUAGAAGUAUUAUAGGACUUGUGAAACUACCAUCAAAUAAAGCAAAAAGGACCCGAAAGCUUGUUUACAUGGGCAAGCUUAAGGAGAAGGAGUCAUUCGGUGAGAUCAGUGCUCUGCUCAAAGUUCCCUUCUCCUGUACUAUUGUUGCUGGCAGUGAUGUGCAAAUGGCUGUCAUUGAGGACAAGGACUUAUUUGAAUUAGAUGAAGUGACCCAGAAACUAAUGGUCCAGACAGCUAAACCAACUUUUGGCCAUUUGACAGAU